CCAAUUAUGUGUUAUUCAGGUUCCCGUGCGGCUGUCGGUGGUUUCGGUGGUCAGCGUCUAAGCCUGAAAUAAAACGCACUAUGGGUCGGCCAUUCCCCACCAGUCAGCUCCCCUAAAUGUGCUGCAAACGCCGAAAAGACUCGUGUCGGGGUUUUAUGGAGCAACCCAACCGAAAUCCGGAGAGAUUGCAGGGUUAUCGUGUGUUUUUGCAGGCACUGGCCAGGGGUGCGGCCUAGCAGAGACCGCGGAUCGGUCGGAGGGUUUAAGGCCUUCAGAAAAUCAUUAUAAGUCUUUUCUUGAUUGAACUUCUAUCCCUGAGAACAAACAUGGGUGGAAUUCACUUCUGAAACAAGGGCUUUACCAAGGUGAUGAAGAAGGUCAAGGUCCUUUGCACUUGAUGCUCACAUCCAUGUCAGUUCUCUGUUUAUAGCUACUUCCUUUCCCAUCCGGGUUAGUCCAACAAUCCCUUCCCCCUGAAUUCAUCCAGAAAGAGGUCCAACUACGGCUCAAAGCUGAAUCCAUACACCCGCGCACGUAUGACGGAGGCAUGGCAGCAGCAUGCUGUUGCCCCGCCUCCAGUCGUGCACACCAUCCCACCAGGGGCAGACACACUGGGCUGCACCGUCUACGGCAUCGUCCUCCAGCCGGACGCGGCAUUGCAACAAUCGCAGCAGCAACAACAACAACAGCAGCAGCAGCAGCAGCAACAACAGCAGCAUCACAGUCAGCAGCAGCAUCCGGCACAAGCGCAGCAGUCCUCCUUGCAUGUGGGGAGCGAGGGAGGACACAAGUGUGGUGCAUGUGGCCAUGACAUCUCCCAUCUGGCUAAUCCACAUGAGCACCAGUGCAUGGUGAGCCAAGAUCGUUCGUUUCAGUGCACGCAGUGUCUGAAAAUCUUUCACCAAGCCACUGACCUGUUGGAGCACCAGUGUGUGCAGGUGGAGCAGAAACCUUUUGUGUGCGGAGUGUGCAAGAUGGGCUUUUCGCUGCUAACUUCUCUAGCGCAGCAUCACAAUGCCCAUAACAGCGGAAACCCCAUGAAGUGCUCCAUAUGUGAAAAAACGUAUCGACCGGGUUCUGGAAACGCCACGCCAACUUCGUCAACGGCCAACCCAGGGCAACCAUCCAACGACGAAGCUUCGUCUAGUGGCAGCGCUGCCGUCGGGACAUCAGGCCAGCCUACAUUCGAGCCUUCGCAACCUGACAGGCCGUACAAGUGUUCGGUGUGCUCCAAGGGCUUCCGUCACUUAUCCGAGCUCACACGUCACGAACGCGUCCACACAGGCGAGAAGCCGUUUAAAUGUGAAACAUGCGACAAAAGCUUCAGCCAGUCCUCUCAUCUAGCCCACCACCAGCGUACCCACAGCUCCGAACGACCAUUCAAGUGUGCGGUGUGCGAGAAGAGCUUCAAGCACCGCUCCCACCUAGUCCGUCACAUGUAUGCCCACUCGGGUGAGCACCUUUUUAAGUGCAACCUCUGCGAGUUGCACUUCAAAGAGUCUUCCGAGCUCCUCCACCACCAGUGUCAGCCACAAGGUGCUCGGCCGUUUCGCUGCGCCACUUGUGGGAAGGGCUUCAAGCGUCCGUCCGACCUGAGACAGCACGAACGCACCCACUCGGAAGAACGCCCGUUCCACUGUGAAGACUGCCAGAUGAGCUUUAAACAACAGUACGCCCUGGUGCGCCACCGACGCACGCACAAGGCCUCCGCCGACCGCCCCUUCAAAUGCAACCUGUGUGACAAAGGCUUCCUGCAGCCGUCCCACCUGUUAUACCACCAGCACGUUCAUGGCAUGGAUAACCUCUUUAAGUGCGCCUCCUGCGGCAAGGGCUUCAGUCAGUCUGGGGAGCUGCUACGUCACAAAUGUGGUGAGGCGUCCUCGACGCCCACAAAUCCAGACAAGCCCUACAAGUGUGACGUGUGCGGAAAGGCUUACAAAAAGGCCACCACGCUCCAGCGCCAUCAGAAUUCCCACUGCACCGAGAAACCUCUCAAAUGCUCGUUGUGUGACCGGCGCUUCCUGUCCUCCUCGGAGUUCGUGCAGCACCGAUGCGACCCAAGCCGUGAGAAGCCCUUGAAGUGUCCUGACUGCGAGAAGCGCUUCAAGUACUCCUCAGAGAUGCAGCGACACAGGCGCGUCCACACCGGAGAGAAGCCCUACAAGUGCGCAAGUUGCGACAAGGGUUUCAAGCAGCGUGAACACCUGGCCAAGCAUCAGAGCGUGCAUGCGAGAGAUGCCCAGUUUAAAUGUGUGUGGUGCGGAGAGCGUUUUGCUGAUCUAGGAGCCCUUCAAGAACAUACUGUCCAGCACACUGCUGAAGGUAGCGGGUACCCUGUGUCUUCUCUCAUUCAGUAACUUUGUGUCCCCGAUUACAUUCACAGAGGUUUUAGGAAUCUCGGCAAACUUCCCCAGUCAGAAAGAAUUUUUACAAGGCCCAGUAACCUCAUAAUACCUCAUUUUGUUCUAAAGAUGCUUAUACUCAACAAGUAGUUACUCCCUUUUUGAUGUCUAGAGGCAUCAUUUAAUUGGGUUUGAUUGGCAAACAAAGAUGAAUUAUUGGUUGUUGGUUUAUAUAUGAACCCUGGGAGGACAGAAACAGAUCUUUGAACUCUAUCCCAGAAAGCACUGUGAUCCUAGUACAGUAGGGCAGCAUUUGCCCUGCUUCAUGGCUCCUUGGCCAGACAUGGCUCACAAUGCCCUCCUUCAAGAUCUUUAGAGCACAAGACAAAAGCGAUUUGAUCAGUCUUCUUGACCCGUCAUAUAGAAUCAGCUCCGGUUUUUAGUAUCGCAUUAUAGUACCUACUAUAGUUGAGAUACUGCUUACUGUGUGCCUCUACAAAAGCUCUCUACUUGGAUCUCUAGCCUUUGAUUUUGAGUACAUUGUACGCACAUUGAGAGCACCUCCAGCAGCCUACUGUGUGCAUUAAGUUCUCCCCACAAUUGAAGACAAAACAAAAAGGGGGAAAAAGUUGUGCUGUUAUAAACUGUUGAAACUGUCUGUUUAUGUCAAUGUUGACGUUCUCCUCGUGGCAACUAAUGGUAUGUACCAAAAAACAUCAUUGUACUGUACCACACCCUAAACGGGACAGAUCGUUAACCAGCAGAAAUAUAAUGACCUCAGACGGUCUCUACAUUUCACUGAGAUUAUACGUAAAUAUAUAGAAUCUAUAUAGAAAUGUAAACUUGCAUACAAACAGUUCAUGUUACCACCAGAAUCAGUACAGUUGUCCUAAAAAUUGCUUAAAAACCUGAAAAGGUUUCCUGUAUUACUGUAUGUACAUAGUUAGUAUGUAUACAACUUGUUUAACAGUUGUGUUAUUAGAUAUUGCAUUGUCUUUCUUAAACUGCACCAGUUAUAAGUAGCUUUUCAUGUUCCAAUUCAUACAUUCUUUACUUUUUGUUUCUGUUAUGCCUUUUUAAAGUUAAAUUGAGCCUCUUUGUAGAUGUAGUUGGGAUUGUUAUUGGUGUAGUCAAGGUUGUGUGAAAGUUUAGUCUGUUUUUAUAAAGGUUUUUGCCCCUUGCCCCCCACCUUUACAGGACUUGUGUAUUUGUUGUACAGUACCCUAAGUGUCAUUCUAUGUCUACUGUAUAGAUUUAUCCAUGUGUUUGAUCUCUUAUCUGCCAACUCCAUGUCUUGCCUACAGUCAUCUGCCUUUUGCAACAUGACGGUGAGUCUUUGUUUCCCUGUUAUUUUCUUUUAUAAAAACUAGAAUCAAAGACUUUCAAAAUGUAUUUUCGGCUUCCCCCAGGAUCCAGGAGGGAAAGUAAUAGUUUUGGGCCCUUUAAGGCCUCGAUUUAAACGCGCAUCAUUCAGAUGUUUUUGUUAGUGAAUGUCUGUGUUGCAUACUCAUCCAACGAUAAUGUUCUUUUGAGAAUUUUUUAAAACUGACUUGUAUAGAAAAAUAUGUGUAUAUAUUUAUAUAUAGACAUAUUUGAGUGGUACUCAUACAAGAGUAAUCUAUGUUUUUUUUUUUUUUUAAACACAUGCUCUCCUUGUUUUAAUUUUAGAAGAAUCUACCACUUUUUGUAAUGGUCCACAAAGCUGAAUUUUAAUAGAACUGUUCAAGUCUUGAUUUGCCUACUUUUUUAUUUUUACUUUACCCCUCCCACCCCAUCGCAAUUUCCCAUCAUCCUACAUGGGGCAAAAUGACAUUCUUGGCUCUGUUGCUUAUGCAGUAUUAUAUGUUGAUUACUGGCCCUUGAGGAUCAUCUCCCUCUUGCAGUUAGGUUUCGCCUAUUCCUACAGGGUUAGAGGUGAUGGUGACACUUUGGCCUUAAGCAGGGAUGUCUAGUUUCUCCACAGAGUCCUUGGCCUCCAAAUUGUUUCCCCUUUAUAGUAUCUAUUUAUGCAAGGGGCUUUUUUUAAACCAUAGGCAUUAAGAAUGAAUGAGCAGUUGGAUUUCAUAAGUAUGUUGUUUUUUUAUGUUUUCAUGUUUGUACAUAAAUUUUUUUAUUAAAAUUGUUUAAAAUCUCCAUAAAUAUCUAUAUUCUUGGCAGACGUGUCAGGACCACAGGGGAACGUCGACCUUCGAUCGACGACCUUCUAUGGUUUUGAGACCUCUCCACCCUGUGCAUGCUUGCUGUGUUAGUUCCUGUAAUCUGUUCCAAGUAUCUGUGCUUCCAAGCGCACAUACUUAUCCUUAGCUUUUUUUUCCCCCAAAUUGUAGAUUGUGAAUGAGCUAGUAAAAGAAGUUCAUGUGGCGGUUGAUGUGACAUUCAUGCUAAAAUAUCUGUAUGUAGCAUUUAAUAUACACAGCACUAACUAAUAAACCUUUUCAUUAAUAAUG